AUGUAUGAGUUGACUCGUUUACAAAAUCACAUAAUGGGUAUAACAACACACGCAUUGGAUGUGGGUGCAAUGACACCGUUAUUUUGGAUGUUCGAAGAGCGUGAAAAGUUAUUCGAGUUCACUGAACGAGCGUCAGGUGCUCGUAUGCACGCGAAUUAUGUGCGUCCAGGUGGUGUAGCAUGGGAUAUUCCUUUGGGUUGGCUGGACGAUGUCUACGAUUGGGCCACCAAGUUCCCGGAAAGAAUCGACGAACUCGAGGAUAUGCUCACUGAAAAUCGUAUUUGGAAGGCUCGAACAAUGGAUGUGGGUAUUGUGUCAGCAGAUGACGCGAUGAAUUGGGGCUUCACAGGUGUGAUGCUACGAGGAUCUGGCGUGAAGUGGGACGUGCGUAAGGCACAGCCAUACGAUGCUUAUGCUGAUUUAGAAUUUGAUGUGCCCAUCGGUGUGAAGGGCGAUAGCUAUGAUCGUUAUUUGUGUCGAGUCGAAGAAAUGCGUCAAAGUCUACGACUCGUUCAGCAAUGUGCCAGCAAGAUGCCUGCAGGUGAAACGAGAGUAGACGAUCAUAAGGUUGUGCCUCCGAGACGAGCCGAAAUGAAGUCGAGUAUGGAAUCGCUCAUUCAUCACUUCAAAUUCUUCACUGAAGGCUAUCAAGUACCACCCGGUGCUACCUACGUCCCGAUUGAGGCACCUAAAGGUGAAUUCGGUGUAUAUUUGGUCGCUGAUGGAACUUCGAAACCAUAUCGUUGCUACAUCAGAGCGCCUGGGUGA